AUGUUUAAAAACGCGUUCGCUCCUCUCCUCGCCGCCCUCGUCUACGUCGGCGCAGCGCAUGCCUGGUUCCGUGUCGCGUGCACGACUCCCCUCGUCACCGAGCGUAUUGACCCGAUCGUCUCGCCCGGUGUGAUUGGCACUAACCACGUCCACACCGUCCACGGCUCGAGCGGCUUCAGCGCCACCUCCAACACGACCGAUCUCCGUGCGGGCAGCUGCACGUCCUGCGAAGUGUCCCCGCAGGACAUGUCCGCGUACUGGUUCCCGAAGCUGUACUUCAAGGACCCCGCGGACGGGCACUUCGAGGAGGUGCCGAACGGCGGCCUGCUCGUGUACUACCUCCAGCGCGGAGACCAGGAGAAGAUCAACGGCGGGCCCGGGCUGACGGCGUUCCCGCCUGGCUUCCGCAUGAUCUCGGGCGACGUGACGUCGCGCUCGAGCCAGGGCGGGCAGGGGUACGAUAAUCAGCAGGAGCUGGCGCAGAGCGCGAUUCAGUGGUAUUGUUUGAGGUAUACGACGUCGGACCCUGAUUAUGUGGGGUAUGGGUUCCCCACUACGGACUGCGAGGCGGGGUUCAAUGCCCGUAUUCAGUUCCCGUCGUGCUGGGAUGGCGAGAACCUUGACUCGCCCGACCACAAGUCGCACGUUGCGUACCUCUCUGGCCUCGACAACGGCUCGUGCCCCCCGACCCACCCCGUCGGCCUGAUGCACAUGAUGUUCGAGAUCACAUGGGACGUCCACUCCUUCGCCGGGCGCUGGAGCGAGCCCGACUGGCCGUUCGUCUACGCGACGGGCGACCCGACCGGGUACUCGCAGCACGGCGACUUCCUGAGCGGGUGGGACUCGGUCGCGCUGCAGAACGCGAUCGACAACUGCAACAACCCGAACGACGAGACGGGCAACGGCGUCACCGAGGCGUGCUCGUACCUCACCGUCAUCUCUCAGGACACGGCGACGACGUGCAAGGCGGAUCCGGUCGUGAACGAGCAGACUGGCGGGACGAACCUGUCUAAGCUUCCUGGCUGUAACCCCCUCCAGGCUGGUCCGCAGAACGCGACCCUCUACUCGACCUCCAACUGUCCGAUCUAA